CGUCCUCAAUCAGCUGUCGUUCUCCUUAUCCUGUCAUUCUGAGCUUGGGUGCCUCCGUCGAUCAACUAGCAGUAACCCCCCCGAAUUCAACACCCCUCCUUACGGCUCUAAUACCCGCUCGGCCAUCCAUCAUGUAUCAAGAUCCGGAUUACGACGAUUACGACGAUGAUUAUGGUCCGCAUACCGGCGACCCCAUGUUGGACCGGGAGUACGAACAACGCGGAUAUUCGGGUCAUAAUUACAACGACUAUAUCCCCGAGCAGGUCAAGAAGUUUCUCGUGUACUUUCACGAGAUGAUUAACGAGGGCAAGACCUUCGAAAUCGCGGAUUUGUACGAGAACGCCUUCCCUAAGUUAACAGAGCAGUUCUUUAAGACAUCGCCUUGGCCGGAAGCCGAUACCGUGGCUCAAUAUGUCAACGAUGAUCAGUUGUUCCUGUUCUUGUAUAGUGAGCUCUACUAUCGGCACAUCUAUGCUCGCGUUCAAGGGGGGCCCACCAUCCAACAACGCAUGGAGUCCUAUUACAACUAUUGUAAUCUCUUCAACGCUUUGUUGAGCUCGAGUUCGCCCGUGGAACUGGAGCUCCCCAACCAGUGGCUGUGGGAGAUCAUCGACGAAUUCAUCUACCAAUUCCAAUCGUUCCAGCAAUUUCGGUCCAAGAUCUCCAAGAAGAGCGAGGAGGAGAUCCGCAUCCUCAAGGGCAACACCCGCGUGUGGGACGUGCUCCAAGUGUUGAAUGUGCUUCAUUCCAUGGUGGACAAGUCCAAUAUCAAUGCCCAACUGGAGGCCUACUCUAAAGGCGAGGAUCCGGAUCUGGUGGCGGGGGAAUUUGGACGAUUCUCGCUGUAUAAAAUGAUGGGCUACUUUUCGUUGGUGGGUCUUUUACGACUCCAUUCGCUUUUGGGCGAUUAUUAUCAGGCCAUCAAGGUGUUGGAAAACAUCGAGUUGAACAAAAAGAGUUUGUACACGCGUGUCCCCGGAUGUCAGAUCACCAUGUACUAUUAUGUGGGUUUCGCUUAUUUGAUGAUGCGUCGGUACUCCGAUGCCAUUCGGACCUUCUCCAACAUCCUACUGUACAUCCAGCGAACCAAGGGCAUGUUCCAAACGAAAACCUACCAACACGACCAGAUUAACAAGCAAACCGAGCAGAUGUACCUCUUGCUGGCCAUCUGUUUGGUUCUCCACCCUCAACGGAUCGAUGAAUCCCUGCAUUCGAAGCUUAAAGAGAAGAACUUUGCCGAGAAGAUCAACAAGAUGCAGCAAGGAGAACUGUCCGAAUUCGAGACUUGCUUCAAUUACGCUUGUCCCAAGUUCUUGGCUCCCGUUCCACCCAGCUUUGAUGGGCCGAUGAUGGGCGAAGCGGGACCCCGAGAACCCUCCAAGCUACAACAGAAGGUGUUCAUGGACGAGGUCCGACAACAGAUCAACUUGUCCGAGGUUCGAUCCUACUUGAAGCUGUAUACAUCCAUGCCCAUGGACAAGUUGGGCGAGUACAUGAGCAUCAAUGUAGAUGAGCUCGAGACGCGCUUGUUGUGCUUCAAGCACAAAAUGAUGAACAUGGUCUGGACUAAGGGCACUUCCGGUCUCGAUGGCGAAUUCCAAUGUCAAUCCGAGGUCGAUUUCUACAUUGACAAGAAUAUGGUUCAUAUUGCGGACACAAAAGUGGAUCGACGAUAUGGCGACUAUUUCAUCCGCCAAAUCCACAAAUUCGAGGAGCUGAAUCGCGGGCUGAAAUUACUCAAGAUGUAGAGGAAGAUCAUUCAAUGUGUCAAGUUUGUAAAUCAGUAUGCAUGAUGGGCGCCAUUUGUAGGUUUAUUAUCGUGUAUGAAUGUCUAAUAAAUGACAGAUCGCCUUCAUCGCUA